GUUUGCAACCUUUUGAAUCACCCCUGAGAUGUCAUGAAGUCCACCGCCAUUUUGAAAAAGGUGCCUCCACUCUAACGCAAAAUAGAGCCAUUUUAGGGUCCAAUUUCAUCCAAAAAGUAGAAAAAUACAAGUUCUCAGUCAUCUCCGUGUUUUUAAUUUUCCCUGUUAGGUAUAUCAAAUUCUCAAGCUUUGAACUGAGAAAUAUUUUUUAUAAAAAAAAGAACAUGAGAUUUUUGGGGGGUCUGUUUACUACCCUACGCGCAACAAUCAGGCCAUGGGUGCACAUCAGCAAAUAAUGAAAUCGGGAAACCCGUCACUUUGCACGUUUAUGAUCAUGGACUACUUUACAUGCGCGAAUACAGAGGAAAUUGAAAGAACUGAACUCGAUGAAAGCCCCCGGGGGGCGGAGGCUGCAAAUGAGGAAAAUGAUAUGCAUGUACCCGACGGUUUAAGUCGGCCUCCAUCUGAAGUCCCUGCAUCUGGGAACAUUGUGCCACAAGAAACCGCAAGUGCCGAUAGAAUAAAGAACUGUCGACGCGGAUCCUCGAGCACUUCCGCCAGUACGGGCUCACUCUCUCGGACAAACUACCGAGACAUAGAGAAAUGCCCCGUAUGUGGCAACGAUGUCCCGCUCGAUCAACAGUGGUUUACUGCGACGACAAAUAGAGAAAAUGGAAUUCUCCGUGGCAGGAAAUUGUACUGCCGUGAACAAUGUGCAAGAUCUGAUCGACAGGGCGAUGAAGUCGUUCGACCAAUUCGGUUCUUGUUUAAAUACUGCGCCGUGUGCCUGCCGGAAGACAACAUCUGGAUGCAAGUAGCCGUAUGCAAUGAGUGUCACAACUACACGUGUUGUAAGUGUGUCAAGGGAAUCGUAGGAUCCAAGGAGUGGGAGUGUCCUCUCUGUAGAUGCAAAUUGUGCGAAGUAGUAAAUCUCAUGCCACUGCGGGGACACGUCACGGAUUCAGGAAGCCUUCUUUAUUGAAAAUGUCAUCAUGGGAGUAUCCUUCCUAACCGCCCCCGCCCCCAUGUGCCACUGGAUCCUUCUAAUGCAAGAAACAAUAUAUGCAAGUAGACUGUUGAUUCCAUGGAGGGACAUCCGGCCAAAUUUGUUCCAAAUUGACUUUGGACUUGUAGUUGCCUUUACAAAGGUCCAGUCUUGCCAGGGAAUGGUCUGUUGCUUAUUUUAUCUGUCUGGACCUAAAUUUUAAAAUUUCAGGAAGAAAUUAUUGGAACUCGGAGUGUGCUCGCAUACUGAAAAAGACUUACAUGUAUUUAUGGGAGAAUGUUAUUGAGUAUAGGAUUUCUUCUUUUACACAGGAGCCUAAUGCUAUUGACAACAGCAGCAGUGGGAAUGCUUGUGACUGCUUUAUGUGUGAUGAUUCAUUAGUAAAUAUUGCUUAAAGGUCAAAUAAAAGGUCAUAAGAUAAAUACAUAAAUAAUAUGAAGGCCACAGGGUUAUGCAUGAAGUAAAAAAAAAAUUGAUAAAGAACUGGAUUCAUAUAGCCUCAUCCCUCGUAAAGGUUAUAAAAACUUGCAGGAGUAUGAAAAUUCCAAAUUGGGGGGCCUCCAGAAAUAUGGUUCUGGAUCUUUUUUGUGGAAAUCACUGGCUAGUUGUUACAGAUACAGGCCUUCUGUCAUAAAAUUCAGUUUGAAAAGGAAAAUCUGGAGCCAUGUAAAUGUGGCCUACAAAUGACUUCAAAUGACAAAUGAAGCAGAUUGUGUUUGGUUUAUGUGAGUUGCAGGUGCAAAGUUCUGUCAUAGCAACUAUCUUUAUCUCUU